UUGCAUAUUCUUGCGUAGAUUCGUGUUUCUUGAGCUAUAGUUCUACAAUUCACAUGACUGCGUCUUUUCGGGCUUUAUCGAGCAAAUUCAGGCCCGUCUAUUCUUCGAAAGGAAGAUGGGCUGGCACGGUGACUCCUAGAAAACUUGCAAACGAUAAUCCUAGUGAAGCACGUUUCGCAAAGGAGGAAUCCGAGCCGAAAGUUGCUUUCGCCAGGCCGCCUUUACUUCCGCCACUCCUCGGACCAUUGGUCGCUCUCUCGGUAAUGCAAUCGUCGACUAAGUGGGAUAACAACGACGAUUGAAUUAAAAAAAAAAAGGUGACACUUUGUCUUUUUCCUUCGAGUUAUUAGUAUAAUGUAGUGUGUGAUUGUAAAUAAAUCUAAAAGCGCGUGUGUGUAUUAUAUGUUGAAGAUCUUUGCGAGGUA